UGCACUGGUUGACCCAGACUUACGUCCUUGCCUGACCCGAAUAAAGAUAGGAUUUGGUAUCAAGUAAUCCACUAAACGGCUAAGGCCCAAGACACGCGUGUUCACAACAGCUUCUCACAACUCUCUCUCUCUCUCUCUCUCUCUCUCUCUCUCUCUGCUUCGGAACUUUGGCAAUGCGUGGACUGUGUUGUAACAGAUUAAUUUCUUGCUUUCACUGACCAAAUAACAAUUGGGAUGUCAAUUUCAGUCUGAAUCCGCCGAAGGAUGAAUUGUAGUUCUCUUUGUUCCCCGUUUGGCACUGCAAUUUUGAUUCAUGGUAAAGGAAGGACUUCACCUUUAAAAUUGGAAUUUUUGAAACUCAAGCAAAACCAAGGUUUAGGUUCACUUGAUUCUUUCAAGUGUGGUGGCAGUGAAUUCAAACAUCAGUUAGAUUCUAAAAUCACUUCACAGAAUUUGUUUCAACCCCAUGCUUUGGUCAUCAGAUGCAAUUAUCCCCAAAAUGCCGAUUUGCCUCGUUAUUACUCAAAGAAGGAGAAGAAGCCCUUCCCUAUACCCAUAGUGGAGCUAAGGCGAGCUGCCAGAGAGAGGCUCAAGAACAGGAAAGGCCAACCUAGAAGACCAGUCCCUCCUCCUAAGAAAGGGUUGCUGGUUAAAAGCCUAAUUCCGGUUGCAUAUGAUGUGCUGAAUGCCAGAGUGACAUUGAUCAACAAUCUCAAGAAGCUUUUAAUUGUGGUGCCUGUACAUGCUUGCAAGUGGUGCAAUGAGGUCCAUGUGGGACCUGUCGGGCAUCCAUUCAAGUCAUGUAGAGGUCAAGGUGCUUCAAUGCGCAGGGGACUUCAUGAGUGGACAAAUGCAAUUGUCGAAGACAUACUGGUGCAAGUAGAAGCCUACCACCUCUAUGAUCGUCUUGGGAAACGUAUUCCUCAUGAAGAGAGAUUUUCAGUCCCCAGAAUUCCAGCAGUAGUUGAGUUAUGCAUUCAAGCAGGGGUUGAUAUACCUGAAUUUCCCCAAAAAAGAAGAAGAAAGCCAAUCAUACGCAUUGGAAAAAAUGAAUUCGUAGAUGCAGAUGAAAGUGAACUACCAGACCCUGAUCCUGAAGCUCCAAAGAUACCAAUAUUAACUGAAAUACCCAAUGCAGAGAUAGUACCCCCAACCAGUGCAGAAGAUACGGCGUUGCUUGCUGAGGAAACUCUCCAAGCAUGGGAAAAAAUGAGGGAAGGAGCCAAGAAGCUGAUGAAGAUGUACCCAGUGAGGGUGUGUGGUUAUUGCCCAGAGGUGCAUGUGGGCGCUAGCGGGCACAAGGCACAGAACUGUGGCGCCCACAAGCAUCAGCAGCGGAAUGGGCAGCACGGGUGGCAGUCAGCAGUGCUUGAUGACUUAAUACCACCAAGAUUUGUGUGGCAUGUACCUGAUUUGGAUGAGCCGCUGUUGAAACGGGAGCUUAGAAACUUCUACGGUCAGGCCCCGGCAGUGGUGGAAAUCUGUAUGCAGGGUGGUGCAGCUGUGCCCGAGAAGUACAAGUCAACCAUGAGAUUAGAUGUGGGGAUCCCAACUAAUGUUCAAGAAGCUGAAAUGGUUGUUUAAGGUUCAUUUAUUUUCUGUUUGUUUUUGGGUGGAUAUAGGGGGUAUGACAACAUUGGAUCUUUUUUUUUUUUUUUUUUUUUU